UAUGCGGUUUCAAAAGUUGUUUUUGAUCGUUUUCAUUUCAAAAGCAAUAAUUGUGUGUUGGUGACGUGCUUUGAAUCAUUCAGGCAGAAAACCACAAGAUGGCGCCAUCUUUACCUCCUUAUACCUUUCUAGAAAUGUAACUGCAGAUAUAACAACAAUACGAAUAAUUACGAAUAAAUACGAAUAAUCCACACAAACUGAUCUAACAGCAGGGAAAAAAACAGCUUCGGCAUUAUUGCUGUAUUUAUUUUUGGACAGUCUUCAUAUACAUCAUGAAGAAAAUCAAAAAGCUAAGUGUAUUAAAUAGGUUUUAUGAAUGUUUGUUGGACAUUUUGAACAUUUUGACCUGAGGAUUUUAUAAAAAGAAUCGCCUGUCUACUGAUUAGGUGUGAAAAAUCAUGAUCCAACAGCGCCGCGUUUAGGGAAAAUAUGAUCCAGAUUACUUUUUAUAGGCGGUAAUCAAGAUAAGAGUGAAGAUCAGGAGUUGAGGAAAAAGUCACAGCACGGGUUUUGGUGUGAGUUAUCUGGAGUUCAUUUUCCAACAAAACAAAUAUUUGACGUGGCAGCAGCUCAGCGAUGUUACAGUGGGAUGUGAUUGGCAUGGGUCUGGCCAGUGUGUGUGUGUGUGUGUGUUUGUGCUGGAGCUGGGCUCCUUCUUCCUCUGCUGGCCCCCACACACCACAGUGGACCAGGAGACCAACUGCAGCAAACCUUCACUCUGAACAGGAGCUCAAGAUGAAACUGUUAUGGAUCAGCGCACUCCUCUGCAUUUUUUCCUUCCAUCUCUGUGUGGCCAGAGUCAUCCCAGAAGGAGUUCCAUAUGAUGAACCGCCAGCUGUUCCCUACUGGCCUUACUCCACCUCAGACUUCUGGAACUACGUCGAAUACUUCAGGUCCAUCGGCGCCUACGACCACAUCAACGAGAUGGCUCGGGCUUUCUACGCCCACCAGCACCUCGGAGACACCCUGGGAUAUGAGACCAACGCUGGACAUGAACACUGAGAGGACAGCCAGGAUGUUUAGAGAACGAAACCAAAAUAUUCUGAUGGAAAGAGCUAAAGGAAAAGGGAAUAUUGACACAGAGCCUUUAUAUCUACCUUAAUUAGUUUGAAACAUAGUGAUGAAUAUAGAUGACAGCGAAGCUUUGUUGGUAUAACUGUAUAAUAUAUCCAUGUACUGUGUGAAAAAUAAACAAGACAUUUUGCUUCUAGGUAAAA